AUGGCUCCCGAAAUACAGUGGCGGACAUCCACCUCGAAAACUUGCGAGGUCAGGUCCGGUGAUCCCAGCGGCGACGACGCUUCUGCGAUUCUUGAAGCGUUCGAGAAAUGCAAAGAAGAUGGUCAUAUUCUGUUUACGAAUACUACCUACUACGUCGGCCGGGCUAUGAAAACAACUGGCCUAAAAGAUGUUGACAUUGAGCUCCAAGGGACCAUGGAGUGGUCGAAAGACAUCGACUACUGGCUGAACAACUCAAUUCCAAUUGGUUUCCAAAACCAAUCUGCAGCUUGGCUCCUCGGCGGCGACAAUAUUCGCUUCUACGGACACGGGUAUGGUACUCUCUUUGGUAACGGAGACGUGUGGUACGUUUUCAAUAAUGGAACAAGCAACUUGCAAGGCCGACCACAUGCAAUAUCUAUAUACAACACAACGAAUUCUCUUGUGGAGGGGUUACGUUUCAUUCAAUCUCAGAUGUGGACAUCUACGGUUAUGCGCAGCGAGCGGGUGGAGCUCAGCAAUAUCUACGUGAAUAACAGCUGCAUCACUCAGUUCGACCGCUGUAAUGUAAACACGGAUGGCGUUGAUACCAUCUACGCGAACUACAUCACCUUCCUCCGAUGGAGCGUUGAAUCUGGCGAUGACAGCAUCUCGAUGAAGCAGAACAGUUCGAACAUUUACAUGGCGAACAACACUUUUCACAGAGGCCUUGCAUAUGCAAUGGGAAGCAUUGGACAGUACGAGAACCAAGUGAACUUUAUCGAGAACAUCACCGCAAUCGACACAGUUUUCAUUGAUACCGCAUACGCUGGGCGAAUCAAGAGUUGGACAGGGCGAAACACUGGAGUGCCACCUAAUGGUGGUGGUGGCGGUCUGGGAUGGGCCCGUAACAUCUCAUUCACCAACUUUACCCUUCAGAACGUGGACACUCCCUGGUACAUAACUCAAUGCACCAGUUACAAUGGUGUCAAAGGUGGAUGCGACACAAGUUUAUUCCAUAUCGACAACAUGCACUGGGGGAACACCACGGGCACCACAAAGAAUAAUCUGGUCCUGAGCCUACAAUGCAGUGGCGCAGCACCGUGCACUAACAUCAACAUUUUCGACAACGACCUCACGGUUCACAAGAAUGGGACAACGCCAACAGAGUUCCUUUGCAGUAACGUGGACGAUCCUAAGGGCUUCAAAUGUACGGGGAAAGCGCCAAAUACGUCGGGAUGACUAGCGAAAGGUAAACGAAUGUGCUCUCCCAAAUUUGUAUAUGGAACAGUCCCUUACCAAUACAAAACUUUAAAGUAAUCCGUGUUCACUAAAAAAAGAGUGCUUCGCCGCUCCGCGAUAUCUCCCUACCGCUGGACACGCUGACGGUAAGGCAACCCAA